AUGUCUCAUUUCUUGAUUAAAAUAAUUCACUUCCUGGACAGUUUGCUGGACAAGCUCUUGGUGGUCUGUCCCAAUACAGAACACUGCAGCGAGGUAGUGAAUCGCUGUGAUCUCGAAUCCCAUUUAUCUGUCUGGUGUCGAGGUGCUGCGUUGCCUUGUGCCAAUACUAAUUCAGGCUGUUGCUUCCCAGCUUCUCGCGCCCUGCAGCCUCAGGAUCGCAAGAACUGUGUUUUCUCAUCGCCUGAUCAUUUUUCUCCUGUAACUGACUCCUCAAAUAUGGAGUCUUCCCCACCUGCCAGUCUUGUUGCAACUAAAACAUUGGGAAUUAGGACUACUAAUGCUACAUCUCAAAACUUUGUCUCUCUUGGAGCAAAUAUAUCGGAUAUGAAUACAAAAGGUGAUGAGUCACCAUGCUCUAGCUCCUUAUUAUCCAACAUUUUACCAGUGACAACUUCUUCUCACGACAGAUCCUCUGAUGCGGCUGACCGACAGUUAAUGUCAAUUACCACUACCGAAACGACGCACAUCCUCAAUUCACCUGCAAGCAAGCCCAUUACAGUAAUUUAUAGCAACGCUGCUGUCUGUUCUUCAAGUAGUGGAGAGCUUACUGCCGCUCCAGCCACAAAUGAUCAAAGUAAGUCCCUUAAGGACAAUUUUCUAUACCUUAACUAUAAAUGA